CCUUGUGCACAGGAUGGCCGGGACUUUACACAUGAACUAUCCCUUAACGAUCAGUGGUGCGAAGUUUCUGACAGACAAAUCUAUAAUUCAUGUAUGUCGAAACGUGCCUUUGUCCAAACGACCAUGCAGUCGCUUGAAGCAGCUCACCGAUUUCUCGACGUCAUUAUUUGAAAAGAACAUCCACUGCUUAUAAACAUUUAAUCGCCGACUUCGAAAGGUGCUUUCACAGGCAUGGAUGCGCGUUGAUGGGAUCGUCUUCUUAAUAGUUAUCAGAGACGUCUUGAGACUUCCUAGCGAAAUAAGACGCUGUGUGCGUUUAGCCAGACAAACAAUUGGUAAAUCAAUUGUUCCGUCAGUGGUGUGUUCCAGACCGUUGUGCAGAUUGUGUUGAAUCUGGUCGUCAAUGCUGUGUGUGUCUGUUGAUGUCAUUACUAGUCCUUAAGUAAACGGGAUUGUACAAUUGUGAAAUGGACAUCUACUUGAGGGUGGCUAAAAAUCUCGGAUUAUUUAUCUAGCUCAAAGAUGACAAUGACACUGCUGUCAGCAGUGUACAUGACGGUGCUAUGGGCAACAGUGAUUACAGCCAGUGUUGUGACAGGUGAAAGUUUGCGGCUGAUUGAAAGCGACUUCUGGGAAUGGAGAAUGGAACAAGCGCCGGAGUUUGCUUCCUCAGUUGGCAUUACAAGAUACAACGACAAGCUGGCCUCCUACAAUGUGUCCGUGUUCGAAUCUAGGCGGAUUGUUGUAGAAGGUUUUUUGGAGCGCCUCAUGGAUGUCGACUUCAACGAUCUCGACACGGCAGACAAGUCAGACUACCAGAUCCUCAGUGACCAUCUUGAGACGUAUCUUGACGGGUUCACGUGGAGAUUAUACGAGACGCUGAAUCCUAUCAACUUCCUGGAAGGACUGCAGACCAACCCUGCUCACUUCUUUGAGACUCUGCCGUUCAAAACAGACCAUGACUACGAAAACUACCUUCGACGCCUCCAUAAGCUACCAAAGCAACUUGCAGAAUUUAGAUAUCUGUUUGGUGAGGCAGUACGCCAACAGCACACUCUACACAGAGUUUCCGUGGAUCCGGUUCCUGGCCAGAUAGAGAAGUUGCUCGUUGAUGACGUGACACAAUCAGCCUUCUACAGUCCAUUCCUCGACAUGUCAAGUGUAACGGAGGUUAAAAGAGAUGAGAUCAGAGACAAGGGAAAACAAUUGGUCAAUGACGUCAUAGAGGCAUUCCGAACACUGAAGAACUAUAUCAUAAAUGAAUACCUGCCCCACGCCCGGUCAUCCUGGGGUAUUGGUCAGUGGGACCAUGGGCUGGAGAACUACAGGGCAUGUCUACGGUGGCACUUGUCGCUGGACAUCACGCCGGAAUAUGUUCACGGGUUGGGCCUGAGCGAGGUGGCCAGGAUACGGAGAAAGAUGGAGCAAACAAUGGACAGAAUGAACUUCAAUGGAACUAUUUCUGAUUUCUUCAAUGAGGUCCGCAGUGAUCCCCGUUUCCACGUGACGUCUGGGAAAACACUUCUACAGAAGUACAACGAUAUUAUCUACAAUGAGAUAUAUCCAAAGCUACCACGACUGUUCAAAGACAUCCCAAAUUUGCCUUUAAGAAUAGUGCCGAUGCCGUAUGAUGGGGUAGGAGGAGAAUAUCUGGCGGGGACAGCGGAUGGAGCUCGUCCUGGUAUCUUCUACCUGAAUCUCUUCCAUCCAAAUGAGAUUGCUACCAUCGACAUGAAGGCGUUGUCUCUUCACGAAACUGUCCCUGGUCACCAUUUACAGAGAAUAUAUGCUCUUGCUGCGGACCUACCUUCGUUCCGGAAGUUCCAGGAAGAUACCAACUACUGGCAAGCACCAUUCAAAUUCCCCUUUUACACAGCCUAUCUCGAGGGAUGGGCCCUUUAUGCAGAGUAUCUUGGAGAGGAAAUGGGCCUAUACAAGGAUGACUAUGAACUAAUGGGGCGGUACGGCUCCGAGAUGUUCCGUGCUUGCAGGAUGGUGGUGGACACUGGACUUCACUACUUCAAUUGGGACAAGGAACAGGCAGUCUCGUACAUGCUGGCACACACGGCCUAUUCCCGGAACGACAUCGAGAGCGAGGUGCACCGCUACGUCACGUGGCCAGGCCAGGCGUGCGCAUACAAGGUUGGAGAGAUUAAGAUCCGACAGCUGAGGGAGAGAGCCAUGCAAAAGCUCGGCCCGCUAUUCGACCUGAAGGCUUUCCAUGCCCUCCUGCUAAAGAAUGGUCCGGUGCCUCUGAGCGUCCUGGAGAGAAUGAUCAAUGAGUGGAUGACUGAUCUGACAUCUGACUUCUAUCAGGGGUGAUAAAUAGAUCAACAAGACACGUUUCAUCUUCGUUCAUUCAUUACGUUAUUAAAGCAGAUAUUUAAUGUUA